GGCGGCACCGGGGGGAGGAAUUCGCGGCCGAAUUCACCAAGUGGAUCCGCAAAAAGAUCGCCAAAACCGGCAAGGUCGGGGAUGACUUCACGAAUUUGCCGACGGCGGGGCAGGUGGAUCACAAGGCGAAGAGCGGGAAAACGCGCCAGAUACUGGGGGGCGGGCCCCAAGCGAAUGAGCCCGGAGAGAGCCGGCGGGCGGUUUUGUUUUCGCAGCAAACUACUGCCGCGCGGCCGGGCUGCUCGGAUCGAUGUACCGCCGACGGCCUCCGGCUUGGCGGGCGCUUUCACCGCCCUGCCCCGAAACCGCUGCGAAGGCCGCGGGGCCGCUACCUAGGCAUCCGGUAGGCGCCCCGAUGGGCCGCGGCCGAGCAAACAGCCCCGCGGCCGGGGGUUCGGCUAGUCUGUCUGUCCGGCCCGCGCACGCUGCCCCCCGGCCUACAGGGGGCGGCGCCCCAUUGCCCCCGCGCCCCGCGGCGCAUUGUGUG